GAUUUAGUCGCAUUGUCAAGGUCUCGCGGUCCGGAGAUCGUGCUGAUUCCGUAUAUUUUAGGAUAACCAAAAAGCAAAGAAUGGACGACCCUGUGCAAAGUGCUGUCCGUGCCUGAAAAGAUCGCUCACAGAAGAUAACUGAAAGUGAAAGAGUUCCGAACAAGCCACGGAAAAAACCUUCACCGCAUAAACUUAGGAUCGGCUCGAGGGCAAAAACAUGAGGUAGCUAUAAUGUUGAGUAAUGUUCCAGGGGAGCUCCGUAGAAGACCACGAAACCACGCGCCACCGGUGCCGUCAAUGUGCUCGGAACAGAAGAAGAAAGUGAAAUGAAGAGAUUAUGAGAGUACGAACACGAUUAAAACAUCUGGUUGGAUUCCUGCAUAGUUGAAGAGAUUAAACUGCAUCUGGCCAUUUGGUGGUGUGUGACCGAUCGGUGCAGCUGAUCAUCGGCAAGUCUUCCGUCGGAUAGGAAGUUGAAGACUCGCGGUGAGCGCCGGCGCAUGUGUGUGGAGCAAAACGAACAUAGUUGAAGUGGAUAAGUGAAAUAAUUGAAACAAACAAACGAUCGCGCGAACGAGAAAAAAAGAGUAACCAAAAUGAAGUUCAAUUCGACGGCUGUGAUAAUGACCGUUGUUGGCGUUCUGCUGGUGGUGGCGGUGCGUAGAUGUAGAGCUGCGACGGCGUGGUACAACAAUCAGACCGAUGUGGACUACCGAGGUGGACGCUUUUUGUUCGAUGCACUUUUCGGUCUCGAUACGGCGGGCUUCUCUCUCGGCGACGAUGACGGACCGGAGUCGACCAAUCAGGUCCGCGGCUGCGAUUGUGAGUGCGGCACCGCCAAUCAAGAGACUCGCAUCGUAGGAGGACGACCAACCGGCGUAAACCAAUACCCCUGGCUCGCAAGGCUGGUCUAUGAUGGUCAGUUCCAUUGUGGCGCUUCUCUUCUAACCCGAGACUAUGUGCUCACGGCUGCGCAUUGCGUUCGAAGAUUAAAACGCAACAAGAUUCGCGUCAUCCUGGGCGAUCACGAUCAGUUCCUAACGACGGAAACGGAAGCAAUCCAACGCGCGGUAACGGCCAUCAUUCGGCACAGGAGUUUCGACCAGAACUCAUACAACCACGAUAUAGCGUUGUUGAAACUACGAAAACCAGUAGACUUUAGCAAAACUAUAAAACCUGUGUGCUUACCCAAGGACCGCAGUGAACCCGCUGGACUGACCGGAACUGUCGUUGGUUGGGGUCGCACAUCGGAAGGCGGAACGUUGCCGGGAAUCGUUCAGCAUGUAGACGUACCCAUUUUGACGCUGGAUCAGUGCCGGAGUAUGAAGUAUCGUGCCUCGAGAAUCACAUCGAAUAUGCUAUGCGCCGGAAAGGGAAAGCAGGAUUCCUGCCAAGGGGACUCGGGUGGACCGUUGCUGGUGCGGCAUGGCGACAAACACGAAAUCGUUGGCAUCGUUUCAUGGGGUGUGGGAUGUGGCCGAGCGGGCUACCCGGGGGUUUACACGAGGGUCGCUCGGUAUUUGCCCUGGAUACGGGCCAACAUGGAUGACACUUGUUUGUGCACAAAAUAAAGAAUUGAAACCGAAUGGUA